AUGGCCGCUCAGUAUCGUGCCUUGCUGCUAGUGUUCCUAGCCGUCAGCAGUUGUCAAGCGGACCUGGAUCCAGUGUUCACCGAUUUCGAUGAAGAACUUCCGGCGAACACCAUGAUGCCAAACGAGCGCGAGACGAUCGCGGACUGUCACUUGCGGUUCUACUGGCAAGGGGGAAGGGGCAUAGUAGCGCCUGCGUUUGCCAAACCGGCAUUCUUGACAGAGUUCGCUCAUAUUGGCGCGAUCGGAUGGACUGGAGCGGACGGGCAGAUCGAGUGGGCCUGUGGUGGAUCGCUGAUCUGGAACAACUUCAUCCUAACGGUCGCCCAUUGCGCCGAGAACGAUAAUAACGUCCAGCCCGAUGUGGUUCGUUUCGGUGAUCUGGAUCUGUACAGUGCGAACGAUGAUACCUAUGCGCAACAGCUGCGUAUAGUGAAAAUUAUCCGUCAUCCUCUUCAUCGCUACAGCGCUAGGUACUACGACAUUGCUCUGAUGCAGCUGGAGCGAAACGUGACCGUCCAUGAAACAGUGGCUCCGGCAUGCCUUUGGUUCGACGAAGAGGUGCGCUUUACUGAGCUCGAAUCAGCUGGCUGGGGUAGGACGGGCUUUGGAGAGAAAAAGACGCCUAUACUCCUGAAAGUCAAUCUCAAACCAGUGAACAACACAAAGUGCACUGAUCAUUACAACCCCACAUCCACCCGCGGUUUGCGGAACGGUCUCCACGAACAUCACAUCUGUGCCGGAGAUGCCAAAAUGGAUACCUGCCCGGGCGACUCGGGGGGUCCUCUGCAAGUGCGAUUGCAGCACAACUACCGGGUAACGCCGUUCCUCGUUGGACUAACAUCGUUCGGGUUACCCUGUGGACAGUCCCAUCCGGGAGUGUACACGCGCGUUGCACACUUCCGCAACUGGAUCGUGGAGACGCUGCAGCAGAACGGCGCACCGGAAGUGAGCGAUGAUCUGUUCGAGCCCCAAUCCUGUGCACUACGCUAUGUGGGAUUGCGUCAGUUGGCGGUCUCCCGAGUGGUUGCCAAUGAGUCCGGAGUGUUUGAAACGUUCGAUAUUUCACGGCAAUAUAUUACCGAGGAUUAUAUGGGCGAGAUAGUACAACUAAGUUGGCCUGGGUCGACGGAGCUCGCGCGAAACAACUGCAUGGGCGCCAUCAUAGAUCAUGACACAAUUGUCACGCUAGCUGAAUGCGCAACAAAUGACGACAUUGCUCCAUCGCAAGUAAUACAUCGCUUCCGGAAAUCCUUCGAUGUAUUUGAAGAGCGUAGAUACGAUAUCAAGGAGAUUCAUGUGCAUCCUAACCAUACCGAUAGGUCGUAUUACAACAACAUAGCAGUGUUAAAGAUCGAUGGUUCAAUUGACGAAAUGCCAGCUUGCAUCUGGAAUUCACAACCACUUCACGACAAUCAACUGGAAUUGUUUGCAACUGGUCGAGCCGAUCUAAACAUAUAUCAAUACGCUAAUUAUGUUGUGUUAGAUCCGAGUAUCAUACGACUAACACCACGUGUAUUCGCUUACGAUAACGACAGCUGCUCGUUGGCAAAACAAUACCUGGACCGGCUUGAUCAAGGUCUGCUUGACCAGCACCUAUGCUUCGGCAACGACCCAUUCCUGGUGCCACAGGUUUGUGAACUCGCCGGUGGAGGUUCAAUCCAGCGGAGUGUGAGCCGGUUGCGUCGCUUCUUUAAGUACGUCCAAGGGGUGAGCUUGUUCGGAAGAGACUGCGGCUUCGGGGAACCAGCAGUAGCCGUACGUCUGCAGGCUCACCUCGGUUGGCUCGAGUCGGUGUUGCUUCCCAACCGCUCACAGCAGCUGCAAGCCAAAUCCACAGAAGAUUCACUACUCUUUAUUGAUCCCGACCUGGAGCUGUUUGACCGAUGCGACUUUCAUGAUGCAUCCGUGGGGCUUUGUGUUCCUGUGGAGCGAUGCAAGGGUGUUCGCAAUCGUUUGCGGCGCAAACAGGGGCUCAUCUUUUGCUCCAACGGCACGAUUGUAUGCUGUCCGCCCAACGAUGUGAUGGACGACAGCCAAAUGGACGAGGGCUCGCAGCAGAUAGAAAACUGCGAACAGCUGUACGGUUCGUUGCGCGAGAGAAACUUUAAAAUACGAUCCGAAGGUGCCGACCCAUCGAAACCUCAUCUGGCUGAGGUAACUUGGGUGGAUAUGCCAACGAAACAGGCGACUUUCCUAUGCCUGGGAUAUCUAAUCACGACCGAUAGUGUACUUACGACUGCUAUGUGUACGAUGAAAAAGGAUCGCAGGCCCAAUCUAGUUCGCUUAGGCUACAUUAUGAGGCAGUUCGAAGACUCCACCCUUUAUUCUGAACUCGAAAGUAUACUGAUACACCCCCAGUUUGACUCUAGCACCGGAGAGCACAAUGUGGCGCUGCUCAAGCUUGCAUACCCCAUCAUCCCCACACCGGGUGCCUUUCCCGGUUGUCUAUGGCGUAACGAGACACACACGCCUCUGGCUUCAUCUCUUCUUUCGAUUGGUCCCAAGCAAGUGCUGCAAGAAAUUGAAGUACAUCCGCAGUACGCUACAGACUGUGAGCGAAUUCUCGGACGCCUUCCGUACGGUGGUGAACAAUGCAUGCGCCCAAGCAUGUAUGACGCGAUGCCCAGAUGCACCACCUCGAAUCCAGUGUACUGGCGCCGGGAAAACCCAGGAAAAGUUUCAGUCGAAUACUUGGUAGGCCUGUUUAGUCACGGCAGCUGUGUAACUGAUGGAUACAUUGUCAAUACUCGCAUUACGGCCUACCUUCCGUGGAUUGUCGAUAAUGUGUGACAAUUGGCGCAUUUGACAGGACACCAAAAUGGACACCAUAACCGUAAUAAAUAAAAUAGUUCAAA